AUGCAGUGGCUGGUGAUGCGUCCCAAGAACAAGGUCGGUUCUAGAGCCGGCGUUACUGCGACGAACGUCGGGGCUACUGCUCCAGCUCCGGCUGCAGCUCCGGGAGCCUCUGGUCUGGACGCAAUGGCACGCACCGGCGCUUCUAGUUCGAGCAGCGUUCAGAGGCAGUCAUCCUGGACACCACCCGCGACUGCGCAGUGGUCGUCAGCCGUUGAUCUUGUUGAACAGCGCACGAGUCGAAAGAUCACGAUUAUCGGCGGCAAAGGCGGCGUCGGCAAGUCGACCAUGGCUGCCGCCACCGCGGUACGGUUUGCGGACCAAGGUGAGACAACGCUGAUUAUCAGUACUGACCCUGCACAUUCGUUGUCGGAUUCCUUCGAUCAGGAUGUAAGUGGCGGUGCCCCGGUUCCAGUGCUUGCUGUGGACAACCUCUAUGCCAUGGAGAUCAACCCUGAGCAGAUGAAAACGUCUUUGAGAAUGCUUCCGGAUUCCGAGAAGCUUCAGAUGAUGAGCGGUAUGGAUAUGGGCCUGGAAGACUUUGAUUCAUUGUUCGAGACGCUACCGCCAGGUUUCGAUGAAGCGAUCGCCCUCGUUGAAAUCAUGAAACUGAUCCAGGGCGAUCCGGCUUUUGCCAAGUUUGAUCGGAUCGUCAUCGAUACCGCGCCAACUGGACAUACGCUCCGCCUCUUAUCGCUGCCGGACUUUUUGGACUCGUUUCUCGGCAAGAUCUUGACCAUGAAGAACAAGCUCGGCAACGUUAUGAACCAGUUUAAGGGCAUGUUCAGUGGAGGCAAUGAUCAGCAAACCUUGGAUUCCGCCGAUAUAGAUGAGCUCAAACGGAGCAUGAACAUGGUUCGCGCUCUGCUGCGCGAUCCAAACCAGACAGAGUUUAUCGUGGCAACCAUCCCGACCAUGAUGAGCGUGGCCGAAAGCGAACGCCUGGUGAAGGAUCUCUCCCGGGAAAAGAUUCCCUGUCGCCAUAUUUUUGUGAAUAUGGUACAGCCGCCAAAUGAUUCAUGCAGUUUCUGCAAAGCCCGUCGACGCGAACAUGAGACCAAUUACAAGUACAUCGAACGCGUAUUCCGAGACUUUAAGGUUGUUCCGGUCAAGUAUUUUGAACGCGAAGUGCGGGGCGCCCCAGCUCUUCGGGCGAUGGCUUCGCAGUUGUUUGCAGAUGACUCGUCUUCGGAACCGGGAACCGCAGCAUCAACCGAGGACACAUCGCGCCAAACGACAGAGACGCCUACGAUUGCGCCACGCGCGGCCACAGAAGCAAAAGGCGAGCAAGUUGGUGGACGCGGGAACGGCGCAGGUGCGCACCAUAUCGCUGCAUCGGGUGAGUCUGCGAACAACAACGCGCCGGCAGCGAAUACCGCCACACAGCGAAGCUCAGAGCAAUGA